AUGGCCACCAAAUCAAAGGCCUUCCAAGCACUCAGACAGUUCUCUAGCUGCGAUAUCGGCGACGCGCUCGUCAAACUCCGGUAUCCAUAUGGAGGCUUCCUUGAUGGCUUGCGCAUGCGCUCUCCUGCGCUGCGUCCAGAGUCACCCUCACCACUUCGCAUCUACGGACCCGCUGUAACUGUGAAAAUGAUCGAAACGAGUAAAUCUGGUCCAACUCCCGACUUGCAUUUCGCCGAUGCCAAUAAACCUGGCCAUGUCAUGUAUAUCCAGCAACCAAAGGGCCUUUAUUCUGCUUGUUGGGGUGGGCUCAUGUCCACGCGCGCAAAGGCCGCCGGCGCGCUGGGCGUGGUUAUUGAUGGGCGCAUGAGGGAUAUCCGAGAGCAUUGGGACCUGGGCUUUCCCGUAUUCUCACGCGAUACGUCUAUUCUUGGUUCCGGUGGCUUUACCCGUGCGUCCGAGAUCGAUGUCCCACUUCAGUUCAAAGAAGAUAUGUGGAUUAAUCCUGGUGAUGUGAUUGUUGGAGACGAAGACGGAGUUGUUGUUGUACCACCUUCGCUCUGUGAACAGGUUGUUGAGCUGUGCCGGGAGCGAUGGGAAAUAGAUGAGAAGACCGUGCAGGCCUUGAAGGCAGGCCAGCUUAUGGGGCCGACUAUCAAGAGAUUGAGGAAGUAG